GGGAAAUAGAGAGAGAGAUUUUUAAAAAAAGUCGACGAGAGAGAAACAAAGAAGAAAGGAAGACUUUAACGGUACCGAGUGAGUGAGUGAGAGAGAGAGCGGGAGAGAAGAAAAGGGCGAGGAAAAGCGCCGCGGGCCCGGGGGCGCUCUCAGGGAAAAACACCAACCGCACAUCUCAGAGAGGGAGAAAAGAGGAUAUAAAUGAAAGCAGGAGCCGAACCACUGUAAAUAUUCAGCACGUUUUAAAGAUGCAUUUGAAGCACAUCUUAAGUACGGUGCUGAUCUGCUGCUGGACAUGGCAUGGACUUGCUCAAUUAGAUAUCAGUGAGUGUUUAAAAGCCAAUGCAAAAUCAUGCGGGGAAUGUAUACAAUCUGGUAGGAAUUGUGGAUGGUGCACAACAUUGGACUUUUUGCAACAGGGAGAACCAAAUUCAGCACGAUGUGAUGAUAUAGAAUCGUUAGUAAAGCGAGGAUGCAAAAAGGAUGCCAUCGAAAAUCCUAAAGGCUCACAAAAAGUAGAUGCUAAUAAAAAUCUGACUGGUCGUACAAGUGGAGGAAAGGUCAGGUUGGAAGAUAUUACUCAAAUUCGACCCCAGAAGCUCACACUGGAAUUGCGAUCAGGAGAACCUCAGACCUUCCCACUGUAUUUCAAAAGAGCUGAAGACUAUCCCAUUGAUCUCUACUACCUUAUGGACCUUUCCUUUUCUAUGAAAGAUGAUUUGGAAAAUGUAAAGAGAUUGGGAACUGAAUUGAAGAAUGAAAUGCAGAAGAUUACUUCAGAUUUUCGCAUUGGAUUUGGUUCUUUUGUGGAUAAGACUGUGAUGCCAUAUAUCAGCACAACUCCAGCCAAACGGAAAAAUCCCUGCACAAAUGGGGAAGAAUGUACAAGCCCAUUCAGCUACAAAAAUGUGCUGCCGUUGACCAAUGAUAGUUCGAUGUUUAAUGAUCUUGUCAGCAAUCAGACCAUUUCUGGAAAUCUUGACUCUCCGGAAGGCGGUUUUGACGCCAUAAUGCAGGUUGCUGUCUGUGGGGAAAAAAUAGGCUGGCGGAAUGUCACCAGACUGCUUGUGUUCUCAACUGAUGCUGGAUUUCAUUUUGCUGGAGAUGGAAAACUGGGUGGUAUUGUUCUGCCAAAUGAUGGAAGGUGUCACCUCAAUACUCAGGGUCUUUACACAAUGAGUGAUUACUAUGAUUAUCCAUCCAUUGCUCAUUUGGUGCAAAAACUUGGGGACAAUAACAUUCAGCCUAUUUUUGCUGUUACAGAAGAGUUCAAGGGAGUCUACAAGGCGCUCCAUGAUCUCAUUCCAAAAUCUGAAGUUGGAGUUUUGUCAUCCAACUCCAGCAAUGUCAUUAAGCUAAUCCUUGAUGCUUAUCAUGCUUUAUCUUCUGAGGUUAUCCUAGAGAACAACAAAUUACCGGAAGGGGUGACGAUAGAUUAUAUAGCCCACUGUAAGAAUAAUACUGUCUACAAAGGAGAAAAUGGCAGAAAGUGUUCAGGCAUUCAGAUUGGUGAUGCGGUGAGCUUCAACAUAAGCAUUACAGCAAGAAAAUGUCCAAGUAAAAGAGAAACAACCAUUGAAAUCAGACCCCUUGGUUUCACGGAGAAGGUUGAAAUUACUCUGAAGUUUAUUUGUGAAUGUGAAUGCCACAAUUCUGGAGUUGUUGAUGAAGAAAAGUGUCAUAAUGGAACAUUUGAGUGUGGAGCAUGCAGGUGUAACGAGGGUCGCAUUGGUCGAAUGUGUGAAUGCAGCACAGAUGAAGUAAACAGCCAGGAUAUGGACGCUUCCUGCAGGAAGGACAAUACAUCUUUAAUUUGCAGCGACAUUGGAGAUUGCGUCUGUGGAGAAUGUGUCUGUACAAAAAGGGAAAAUCCUAAUGAAAUCGUCUCAGGCAAAUAUUGUGAAUGUGACAAUUUCAACUGUGACCGAUCCAACGGCUUAAUUUGUGGCGGGAAUGGCAUUUGUAAGUGCAGAGUAUGUGAUUGCUUCCCCAACUUCACAGGCAAUGCCUGUGAUUGCUCAUUGGACAAUUCAACGUGCAUUUCAAAGAAUGGCCAGAUGUGUAAUGGCAGAGGAAUGUGUGAUUGUGGUCGCUGUAAAUGUACAGAUCCCAAAUUUCAGGGAUCUGCUUGUGAGAUGUGUCCAACUUGCCCUGGAGUCUGUACGGAGCACAAGGACUGUCUUCAGUGUAAAGCCUUUAACAAAGGACCCAAGAAAGAUACAUGUGAUCAGUGUGAGUUUGAAGUUAUACUGGUAGAACGCCAAGACCAGCUGCCACAGCCAGGCCAAGUUAAGUCCAUUGCUCAUUGUAAGGAGAAGGAUGAGGACGACUGUUGGUUCUACUUUUCGUACUCUGUUAAUGAUCAGAAUGUCCCAGAAGUACACGUUACUAAAACUCCAGAAUGUCCACAGGCACCUGACAUCAUUCCAAUUGUAGCGGGUGUGGUUGCUGGUAUUGUGCUCAUAGGCCUUGCCUUGCUGCUGAUCUGGAAAUUGCUGAUGAUCAUUCAUGACCGAAGGGAAUUCGCAAAAUUUGAAAAGGAGAAGAUGAAUGCCAAAUGGGAUACAGGUGAAAAUCCAAUCUACAAGAGUGCUGUGACGACUGUUGUCAACCCAAAGUAUGAGGGCAAAUGAUGGAGUUUUAUGUGCAUAUCUUUUGAGGGUUCUUUUGCAUUAUGGAAACUGUAUGGAUAAUAGGGUUUUUUUGUUUUUGUAGCCACAAAUUAGCUUUAGAUCACUUUGCUGUGAUUUACUAACAGACAGUGUAAGUUUUUCUAUGCAGAUUUUGAAAUGUGUGUACAGUAUGUGUAAACAAAGAUUGCAUAAUGUUUUUAGAACUUAAGUUGAAUGGGGUGCAGAGUGGCUGUAGAAUGAAUUGUGAUUAUUUCAAUGAUGGACAACUUUCUUUUAUUUUUUUUUUACUUUUCUCUGGAUUUUGGCCAUCCAAAAUUACUGCAUGAAUUCUCAAGUCAGUAUUGUAAACUGGGUAAAGUUUGAAAGCAGGAGAAAAAAAAUCAUUCAUUUAAUGUGCCAAAACGAACACUUUGGAGUAAAUUCUACAUUGAUCUGCCAGUGUGCAUGUAAGAGUUCUGCAGAAGAGAAAAUUGAUUCAUACAUUAUUUGAUUGUAAACAGCUGAAAAAUUCAGAUAUCUGACAGUUAAGGUCACAUUGUGUCUUAUAAAACCCACGCCCAGGUGUCUUCUUACUGCCUAUUAGAAUAGGACAGUUGAGCAUUAAGUAUUGCAACUGUAUUAAACUUGUAACAGAAAUUUACCUGAAUAUAUACAUACACUAUUUUGCCAAAUGGGGACAGCCUUAUUUAAUUGUAAAUGAACUCUGCCAAAUCAUGACAGAUCAAACUUGGUUUUGAUAUUAAUUGCAAGUCUAUCAGUAUAUAAUUUUGCGAACUUUUUAAUGUAAGUAUUUUGUGCAACCACUAGCCAUUAAGUUGUUGUAUUUGCCGACAUAACCAUUUUUUCUUUAUUUUUCAAUCAGUUACUGUUAAACUUUUAGACAAUCAUUGGGACAGUCCCUCAUGCCUAAUGGAUCAAUAGUACUAAUACAUCGUAUUUAGUUAAUUAGCUACGUGCUGGAAACAAGUGCUGUAGUUUGCCAUUUUUUCUGCCCUAACCUAUCGCCUACUUCACUCAGAUCACAUUCUUGGUUUAAGUGCCUUUUUAUUUUAACAAUAUUUUCGCUAUUGCCAUACACUUUACUGGAGUUAUUUAUUAAAUAAAAACUUUGUAAAAAUUA